AAUAGGACGCGGAGUUAUUGAGUCGUGGCGGCAGGAGCGGCAGAAGUCAGAGCCGCCGCCGCUGCCGUCGUCGGGGGAGUGAGGCGGCUGCGUGUUUCCGGGAGACGUGGCCGAAGCCGGGGCCGCUUCCUCGCCUCGCUCCGGCUCUCCCUCUUCCCGCGGAUUGCCCUCCAGUCUCCACCGCAACCAUGAUCUCCCUCACGGACACCCAGAAAAUUGGGAUGGGACUGACAGGUUUUGGAGUAUUUUUCCUUUUCUUUGGGAUGAUCCUAUUUUUUGACAAAGCUCUUUUGGCUAUUGGAAAUGUUUUAUUUGUUGCUGGCCUUGCUUUUGUGAUUGGUUUGGAAAGGACAUUCAGAUUCUUCUUCCAGAAACACAAAAUGAAAGCCACAGGCUUCUUUCUGGGUGGUGUACUUAUAGUUCUAAUUGGUUGGCCCUUAAUAGGAAUGGUCCUUGAAAUUUAUGGCUUCUUCCUCUUAUUCAGGGGCUUUUUUCCUGUGGUGGUUGGUUUUAUCAGAAGAAUUCCUGUUCUUGGAUAUCUCUUGAAUUUACCGGGUAUAAGCUCUCUUGUAGAUAAAGCUGGAGAAAGUAACAACAUGGUAUAAUGACAAGUGUGCCGAAGACUGCUUCUAAACUGAUAUUAUUUAUAAGGUCUUCUUGAAGAAAAGAUCAGCACAAAGAUUAUGUUCUAUACAAAGGCAAAGUUUGUAACAGUCCUGACGUAAGUUUUUAAUUUGCACCAUAGUCUACAAAAUACAUCUUUAGUAAAGAAAAACAGAACAAUCGUGCAUCCAAGACUUGCCGCACCAGGAAUUCUGUGAACUAAAGUGAAGAAAAAAGGCAUGGGGAAACCCAUGAUGCUAAACGAUUCAAGACUUCAUAAUGCUUUUGGAGUAUGGGCUAAGUGCAGCCAGGCCCUCAUGGAACUAUCAGUGCCUGUAACUUUUACCUCCUACUUUUAAAGGGGUGGUAGAGCAAAUAGGGGUCAGUUUUAAAGCCCUCUCUUUCCUCCUGCCAAACCUGGUAUUUCCUCCCCCUCUUGGAAGAAAGUAAAACCUCCCACAUUUUUUUCUAUUGAAAACAAGAGGCUCUCUUAAGAGUGGUGCGCAUGGCAUUUAAGAUGAAUUUUCAUCUUUAGCUCCAGAUGUGCUAGCAAAGGGUUUCACUUCACAGUUCCGGGGUAAACAUCUCUUUGUAAAUAUAUGGCUGAAAUAAAACUUUAUAGGAAACAUGUUUGAAGCCAAAUGUAAAUUCCAGGAAGGGUGUGUCUUAACCUUUGGAAUAUGCAGAAAGGCUCACUUUUUUAAAAAACACACACACUUCAGUCUUAGCUCCUGGUUUUGAUACCUCUUUGGUUUGGCAGGGACUGUAGGAUCCAAUAUUACACUCCUUUUUGGCUGGUUCUCUUGAGCCAUACUACAUGUACACAUCUCAAAAAGGAUGUAGUCCUUUCUCAUUUGAAUAAACUUGUGUACAUUGUGUUUAGCUCCUGAAACGACUUGCUGUACUCCAGGGCACUCACACAUUUACAAAAUGUGGCCUGACUACUAGCUAAAUCUUUGAGAAGGCGUACCAGUUCUGAAUAUAGUUACUGCUCGGUAUGUCUGCAGCUGUCACAAUGGCAUGAAACACCAUGUUUUACCUACUCGCCAUGUGCCCAGUGUACCAUGCAGGCUUUGGGAUUCGGUUUAAGCAUCCAAUUCUGGCAUUAGGAUAGCAUGUUACAAAGCUAACUUAUUGUGUAAAUAGCUUAACUUGGCAAUGACGAAAAAUAAAUUGGUUGUGUACUGGAAAGUCUUGAAAAAAUGUAUUUUAAUAUUCUUGAUCAAGUGCCACACCAAAAGACUUUUUUAAAUUCAUGUGGCUUAAUUUGUCCUUUUUGAUUUUCAAGAGAUACAUAUUUCAGCUGAUGGUGAAUUUCUGAGCCACUUUGAGCAUUCCACUGAAACAGCAAGAGAUGAAGUAUAAGAGACCUGAGUGUUACUAAUACCUAUGGCUCCUUUCCUUUGCCACUUUCACCUAAAGUUGCAGAUGUGUGAGAAGAAUGGCAGUUCACUUAUGUUUCCCCUCCCAUAGAACAUUUGAAGUGUUUUUUGAAUGCAUAUCUUGUUUGCCCUGGUUUUUGUCAAAAGUGCAUGUGGAAGCAAGGCUUGCCUGUUCACUUGGUUCCACCUGCCUGAUUUAAGCCCCUGUCAAAACGGCUGGAUGAGAAUGUAACACCUAACUCCCUGUGAGCAUGUUUAUUUAUGCAUUUUAAUUUUCGAACACUACUGUGAGCCAUUCAUGCUUACAGAUGUCUGACAAGGAGCCAUUCUUUUAAAUUCCGGUAAACAAAUACUUUAAUCUUUUCUUUAGUUGAGACAAGCCCAAUUUUGGAAGAUUUCAAAAUCCCUUUUGAAUCUAUGCCUUAGAUUGCAAAACCAACCAUUGAAUGAGUAUCUCCAUUUCUUGGAGAAAUUGAAGCAGCUCUUCAGCAAGCACAUGGAUUAUUUUCUAAAAUGGUUAGAAAUUGGUUAUUCUCAGUCCUGAAGCUGUGUAUGUACCUCAUUAUUUUCACUGUGACACGUGUUACAUAUAAGAUGUCAAAAACAAAAUGUUACAGGGCCCUGUCUGCAAUUCUUUUUUUAAAAAAAUUCAGGUUCAUUGGGGCAUGGUCAAAAAAUCUUAGGCACUUAUUUUAAUUUAAAAGAAGUACUUUUGUCAGUCCUUCCCAUAUUUGAAGUAUUUAACAAAAUAGGUUUGCUUAUGUCAGUCUCUCAUGUUUAGAUCCAGUUAAUCCAUCUUGCAAGUGUAGAGAGAUGCUUACAGUUUGGAGCAACAGCAAUGCAUACAAUCAUUUCUAUAAGUAAAGCCUCUUUAAAUAAUACCACGUCCUCAAGAAUCUACUUACUUGAGAGGAACCAAGAGGGAAACUGUUCCCAGUCACUCUUACGAAUGAUCCAGUGGGGAAGCAUUUUCUGACUGCAUCCUUAGGUUGAUCACAAACAUAUAACAUUCUCAUGUCUCUGUGGUUUAUUUCAAAGUGAGGGGAUUGUUAUAAAAUAGUAAUGGUGGUAGCAGUAUUGGUCCUUUAGAAAGUAAAGCGAAGACAAUUUUCGUCUUAAAAACAGUCUCAUUUGGUAAUAUUCUUACCACUUAAUGAGACUCAUAAAUUUUCAAAUAACUAUGGGUUGUUAGGGGAUUUUUUUUUUUUACUGAUGAGCUAAAACGAUAGUGCUUUAAGUGAUCAAAAUACAAAGAUUGGAAGCAGUCCUUCUCCCUGCUUUAUUUGGUUAGAAAAGCAUGCAGGGACUUUAUAUAUACACAUAUAUUGAAAGAUCUUAGGUCAUUCCUCCUUUUGUCACUGCUGUGCGAUGAAAUGGAAAGUUCUGGAUAAUUUGACCUACCUUUUAACUUAAGUGUGCUUUGUGCUCAAAGUAUUCACAGUGUUUGCACAGGGGGCAAUGGAAUUAGUUUGUGAAAAGUUUUGACUUGUAAUUGGCUGCAGAGAGAGGGAGGAAAUAGAGCAUGAUAUCUGCAACAUCCAAGGUAAUAUACCAGAGGAUAGUAGGUUUGGGAAAAAAAAUCUGGGACCAGCUUUCAGCUUCUGGGAGCUUCUGCAGGCUGUCCACUGCCUUCCCCCCAAAAUAUCAGAUUGGAAAUGACGAGUUUUUUGUUUAUAAAAAAUAUUGGGCUGAGGCUCUGGAAGGGGCCUACAAAUUGUAAAAAUGGCAUUGGGGAGAUGGUUCUGUUUGGCUGAUACAUCUUGGUUGAUGCAAAGUAAUUUUUUUUACAAUUUGGUAUUAUGGUAGUCGUCAGAAUAACACAUUGACUUUAAUACUAUGCAAAUUUACUUGGAAGAAGUAAGUUAUACUGAAUGUGGUAGAUUCUUCUUCUUUUUCCAAAGACAUUUGCAUAGGAGUGAGCUGCUUGUGUUGGAAAAUUCUGCAAAAAAAAGUGUCUUUUACAAAAUAUUUUUGCCCAUUGAAAUAUAAUUCUUAAUUGUUGCUUUAAGGAUCACACAAGAAUCUUGUCCUGGAAUAAAAAAGAGAAUACUGUAAAUACACUUGUCAUACCUUGAAUAAAUGGGUACUUUUUCUAUUAA